AUGUCAGCUUAUUAUAGCGAUAUGACAAGUCUACCAGAUGAGCACCCUGAGGUACAUGAGUUCAUGAGAAAUGGUGGAUUUUCAGUUCAGUUGAGCAACGACAAUACAUUUGGAAGAAUUCCCGUUGAUCAGACUCUUGAAGAAACCGUAAAUAGAGAUACCCAAACACCUGGGGGUACUAAGGGCUUUAGUUUGAAAACUGGAGCCGUACAAAGGUACUACUUGACGGCAGAAUUCAGAAAUUUGUUCCUGCGCAGUUUGCGCGAAAUGGUUGGCUAUGCCAAAGGAAAGCACGGCCAUGCUGACCUUCACUCGUCUCGCAUUGCCUAA